AAUGGGUUACAGUUACAGUUACAGUCUCUGUCACAUAAUUCUGCCAUCCAGUGGAGCGACAUGAGAAAUGAACUCUGUUCGGACCGUCGAAUCCAUCCAUCCUUGGGUCGUUGUAGAACUGGGCCAACCAACGGGGUCUUGUCCGGCGAUUGUCAGGCACGACCGUUGUCCCUGGAAUCCGCGAGAGCAGAAGCCGCUCGGUUCAAUUAAUCAAUCUCUCCAUCCUGGGUUGCGGUAAUACCUGGUAAAUUAGCAGGCGGAAUAAUAUGAAGACGGGAUGCAAUAUAUUCGGUGUGAAAUAUUAAUUACUGUCGUUGGAACUGAUUAUUAUGGAGCCGAUCUGGGUAAAGGUAGAAUUUUCCCUCCUCGUCGUUUCAUCUAUUUUUCUCCUCUCUCUCUCUCUCCCUUCCCUUCGUUCUCUUUCUGUUGUUAUCAUUGCACCCUCCUUUCCACCUUCGUCGCUCACUCUCUUUCUCUCUAUACCCAAGGGCUUAUCCUAUCCGCCUUGCAGCCUCCUGGUGACCUGCAAUCUAUUUCCCCUGGCGGCGGCCCCUCGAUUUUUGACAGUCGCUUCUUUUCUUUCGCUCUUUUGGGGGGUUCCAAAAAGUCCUGGCGUCAAAUCCUACUUAAUUUCAUCUCCCUGCGACUAUUUUUAUUUAUCCAGGAUCGAUACUUGAGGGAUGAAUUUGGCGCUCUUUCUAUUCCUCUCCUCGUUGCGCUGAAUGCCGUUCACAUUCCGAUCGCGAAAAGUUACCUAGUCGUCUCAUCCACUUUCGUUCAUUUUUAUAUAUACCUCAUCGACCUUCCAAUCUAUCAGAGACGGUUUUUAUCAUCUAUUUCUUGUUCUGGCAUCUCCGUGCUUUGAUUUCCGUUCGCAUUACAUGCCCGUUUAAGCGGGUCGAGCAUGAGCCGCCGAUUUUGGGAAAUCCGGAAUUUCUACCUAGGUAGUCAAGAAAUAGCCAGUUUGGGUGUGGGGUUGGUUGCAGUUUUCGAGUCCCCGACAAUUAUAUAUACCCUCGCAAGAUUCACGAGAAUGAGCCCGGUGGAUUUUACCUCUCUGUCGCUAUGGGCACGAGACACGGCCAGUGAUAUUUCAUCAGUCCCCGAUACCUUUUCCAGUUGGGACAA